UUUUGAAUGUUAAACCGUUCUUGCAUGCCUCGGUCUUGCAUGCAUUGAAUAAAUCCCACUCGGUCUCGGUGGGUAUAAUUUGGCCUCCUGAAAUUCUACUUCAUCAAGAAGCAAGAAAUACUCCUAGAAAGAAAAUUAAAACAGGAAGACAAAACGUGUUUUUACAUGGUUAUCAGAUCACCUACUAAAAUGGAUGCAUUUCCCAAUCUUUUUCCUCCUGGCGGGGACAGUGGACUGACAAACUCUCAAUCUGAAUUUCAAAAAGUAUUAAUUGAUGAGCGGUUACGAUGUGAGCAUCAUAAAACUAAUUAUCAGACUCUGAAAGCUGAACACACAAGAUUGCAGGAUGAAUACAUAAAGUCACAAAAUGAACUCAAGCGACUGUUAAACGAGAAGCAGACUCACCAGGAGAAAUUCCAGCUGCUGCUUGAGGAGCUACGUGGCGAGUUAGUACAGAAAACCAAAGAUGUAGAAGAAUUGAAGCUGCAGGUAUUGACUCCACAAAAACUGGAAUUGUUAAGAACUGAAAUACAGCAAGAAUUGGAGGCUCCAAUGAGAGAACGUUUUCGGACUCUGGAUGAAGAAGUAGAGAAGUACAGAGCUGAAUAUAAUAAACUUCGCUAUGAACAUACAUUUCUGAAAUCAGAGUUUGAACACCAGAAAGAAGAGUUUGCACGUAUUUUAGAAGAGGAAAAAAUAAAAUAUGAGUCAGAGAUUGCAAGACUGGAGAAAGAUAAAGAAGAACUGCACAGCCAGCUACUUAGUGUUGAUCCUGCGAAAGAUAGCAAACGAGUGGAACAGCUUAUUGGAGAAAAAGUUCGCUUGUGUCAGAAAUUAAAAUGUUUGGAGACUGAAGUAGCAGAAUUAAGAGCUGAAAAAGAGAAUUCUGGUGCUCAGGCAGAAAAUAUCCAAAGAAUACAGGUGCGGCAGUUGGCUGAGAUGCAGGCUACUGUUAGAUCCCUGGAGGCUGAAAAGCAGUCAGCUAAACUACAGGCUGAACACUUGGAAAAAGAGCUACAGUCCAACAGUGAACAGAACACUCUUUUAAUUGGUCAGUUGCAUAAAGCUGAACGAGACAUAAAUACAUUGACGAGUCAAGUAAAAGAACUUAAACAUUCAAACAAACUAGAAGUAACAGACAUCAAACUGGAGGCAGCACGGGCUAAGAGUGAGCUAGAAAGAGAAAGGAAUAAGAUUCAAAGUGAAAUGAAUGGAUUACAGUCAGACAAUGAAAUUCUCACAUCAGCUGUUGAACAUCACAAAAUGCUCUUAGUAGAAAAGGAUCGUGAAUUAAUACGUAAAGUACAAGCUGCCAAGGACGAAGGUUAUCAGAAACUUGCGGUGUUACAGAACGAAAAACUAGAACUGGAGAACAGAUUAGCAGAUCUAGAGAAGAUGAAAGAGGAACGUGACGUCUGGAGGCAAGCAGAGAAGGAUCAGUGUGAAGAGAAACUGCGGGCGUCCCAGGCGGCCGAAGAGGCAGCCAGAAGGGAGCUGCAGAGCGUUAGGUUAAAACUUCAACAACAAAUUGUGGAUAUUGAAAAGGCAGAGAAAGAAAAAAAUGAAAAUUCUGACCUGAAACAGCAAGUCAGUAGUUUGCAGAUUCAGCUAACAUCACUGACACAGUCUGAGAAUGAACUGCUGAAUUCAAAUCAAAUGCUGAAGGAAAUGGUGGAGAGGUUAAAGCAAGAAUGCCGAGAUCUAAGAAGCCAAACAGAAAAAACUCAACUAGCCGCUGAAAAGACGUUGGAAGAGAAACACAUGCAGUGGCUUGAGGAGAAGCAUAGGCUGCAGGAGCACAUCACAGACAGAGCAGAGCAGUAUAAGCAAGCCAAAGAGAAGCUGCAACGAGCUGCACUCGCCCAGAAAAAGAGAAAAGCUCUUUAUGAAAACAAAUUGAAGAGACUGCAGGAGAAAGUGGAAAUCUUAGAGGCAAAGAAAGAAGAAUUGGAAACAGAAAAUCAGGUGUUAAAUAGGCAAAAUGUUCCAUUUGAAGAAUAUACAAGGCUUCAAAAAAGACUAAAGGACAUACAGAGAAGGCAUAAUGAAUUCCGAAGUCUAAUUUUGGUUCCUAACGUGCCUGCUGCGGCAUCUAUCAAUCCUCUUAACUUUCAGCCAUCAGCUGUGGUUCCUGGCACAGACCUGUCCUUUCCUCCCCAGAUACAGGAGGAGCAGCAUCAACGGGAACUCUCUCUGCUUCGUAGAAGACUUGAAGAACUAGAAACAACGCAAAGGAAACAACUAGAAGAACUUGGAUCUCUUGGGGAGUAACAUUCUUGGAGAAAAGGCACUUCGGAAGGGGUAAAACUCAGUGAGUCCAUAAAGCUCAAGUUUUCACAGACGUGGCAUUUAGAUACUGUUUGCCAAAAAACUUAAAUGCUGCAUUCUGUGUAUUGCACGUCAGGACUGGGGCCUUGUGCUAAUGGCAGGUGAAGCAUGAUAAGGAAGUUUCGGAUAUUUAGACCAUUUGACAACCCUUUGAAACUUGAAAGUAUAAGAAUAAAUGUCAGAAACUAAUUAGGGAAUCAAGUUUUAAAAUUAAUAAUUUGUUGAUUUCAUUUUUGGCCCAUUUUGCAGCCAACAUGCCCAUCUUGGAUUCCUUCUUCCUCGUUUUUGUGAUGCUU